AUGGAAUACUCGAAUAUGUUUUCAAUGGCAUUGCAAUAUUUAUGUUCAUCUGAAACAACAAUGAUUAGUACACCACGUUAUGAUUCUAAAAUGAAAAAAGCAUUAUCGUUAGGUUGGUUGACAGUCCGACAAGUUGGUUUUACAUAUCUUCGAUUAAAAUGCCACAUUCAAAUUUGCCAUGUUUGCGACGAUGAAUGCACAUUAUUAACACCACCAAUAAAUUGUACAGAUUAUUCAAACUCUACAAUCAUUAUCGACAGAAUGCAUAAAUUUCGUAAGCAAUAUCCGAGAAGUCAUGGAGUUUUCCAACAAACAUCAGUUCUGUCCCUCUUCAAGGAGAAUGUUCUAAUAUUUCUGUCUUUUUCCCCAGGAAAAUUUCUGUAA